AUGGGUUAUUUCCAAGUGUUAAUUAAUCCAGAACACGCAAAGUACACCGCUUUCAUUACACAUAUUGGUAAAUUUGAAUAUACUAGAAUGCCACAAGGUUUAGUCAACUCUCCAUCCACAUUCGCAAGAUUGAUGGUCGAAAUUUUUUGGAAAAAUCAAAAGUUUAUUACAAUACUUUGA